CCCACAAAUCCCCCACCCUCCAUCGCUCCUCCUCCUCCUCCUCCGUCCUCGGCAGUUCUGGUGGCUGUGGCCGAUUCAUUGAUUCCGAUAUCGCAGAUGUUAUUCUUCGCCUCCAUCUUAUUCAUCAUCGCUCCCCCUUCGACUCGUUUGGGACCUCUUCCGAUUCUGUCUCCUUUGACGAAUCUGAUUUGCAGAUCUAUCUCCACUCGCACAUCCUCCGACAGGCUAAGUAUUUUUCCGCUCUACUCUCCGACCGAUGACAACGACACAACGACGAUGAUUCUCCUCAAAUCCACCGCCUUAACCUUGGUGUCCCGUCGACGCCGGAUUCAAUCAACGACUACUUGGAAGUUCUCCGGCUUCUGUAUACUGAUGAUUUCUCGACUUUGAUUAGUAGUGUUGUGACUGCCCUUGCUUUACUCCCCAUAGCGCUCGAAUUACUCUUCGAAGAUUGCAUCAAAGCCUGCGUUAAAUUCCUCGAGGCCGUGCCGUGAUCAGCAGAUGAAGAGAGAAAAAUAUUGAAUUUGAUUGAAUUUUUUAAGUAAUGAAGAAUCGAAAGAGUCCUAAUUUUAGAGAGGAUAUAAUGAGACUAAGGCGAUUUAGAGGCUGAAUUUGCAUUCUACUAUGACUAACGGGAAGCAUUUGCUGUGGCUGGUGGAGAGGAUGAUUGAGUUGAGAGUACCUGAUACGGCUGUCAAGUCGUGGAGUGAGCAGGCUUCAUUUGCUGCAGAUUUGCAGAGGGCAUUUCGUGAUGAUGCAUGGAGGAAUAUUGCUCCAAGCUUUCCUGCUGUUGUGCUUCAUUGCACUAGCAGGCUUGCCAAUGUUGUUCCAACAGGGAAUAUUUUGUCUGCUAGACAGGCUUGUUCUUUACACUUUGCACUUUGCACUAGUUUAUCGGUGUUUUGUCUAUGCAGGCAGAGUUCUUGUUGAUGAAAUGAGGUUUGACCUUUAUGUAUUAAGUGUUUGAAUCUUGCUUGGAGAAUUUUUUCAUGUAAUAUGUUUUCUCCAUGUUGCAGGGCGAAUUAUCAUUGAGCUUUUAACUCAUAGGUGCUUUAAUCUUAACCAUUGAACAAGUGAAGCCGGAGGCCCUUUCGUCGAACUUUCUUUUUAUUUGUUAUUUUGAUUUGAUUUGAUUUGAGCCUAAAGUCAAGAUGAAUAGUUUGGUGAUUCUUAUAAAAUUCAUUUGUUGAUUUGCAGGUAGAAGAACUCAAUCUCAGAAGCUAAUGGAGCGGUGGAGCCUCAAGCCUGAAGUUCAUACCUCAUUGGAUACUGCCCCUACCCCCCAAGCCUGGAGUUUGUGAUCACUUUGAUUUAUCUAUAAUUGAUUUUAAAACCCUUCUAGAUUAAGUGCUUAUUUCUUUAUGACUUUUUGAGUUUUAAGCCAUUUGUUUGUGAUUAGGUGUUGAUGAAUUAAUUUAUGAGUUCCCCCUUUUCUAUUUCACCUGUUUGAUUUUAUUUUUUCUGUGCGUUAUUUUAUAAAUUUUCUAGGCCAGAUUGGAUUAUAUUUCCUUUUUUGACUGUAGCAAAUUCGACUCCAAACUUGAUUUAGGUAUCAAGAAAUGAAUUGGAUUAUUUAAGUUCAAUGUUUGGGGGUGGUUGAAUGAUUUUUAUUAAUAGUUUCUUUUUGGUAAAAAUUGUUAAAUAGUUCAGAGUUUUUAUUCAAUGAUUUCUGAUCUGUAUACUUCUUUAACCUUUGCAAUGAACAUAAUUAAGUUGAAAAUAUAUUGACUUGGUUAGAAACGGGAAUUUUUGUUAUAUCUCAAAGUUGAAUUGAAGAACACAAAAAAAUCAGAAAUCUUUCAAUUCAAAUCAGAAUCCGUAUGUUGCGGAUCUGAUUAAUGCUUACCAAUCACCUUUUUUUACUAUUCAAUUGGUUAUGUCAAGGCUUGUGUUGCUCCAAGGUUGUAUGAAGCAAUUUUUAUUUCUCUUCUCUUUCUGGUUUAUGAACAUCUAAUCUGUUUGGAUAUUGUAGCAUUGUUGUUCGGAUUUGGUUGUGGUACUUGUAUUUUCACACCUGGCUCAUAAACUAGCUUCAUGUCUACUACUUUGAGUCUUGUUCAUUACUCCUUGAUUUAUUGUAUUUCAAUUGCUAAUUUAUCCGAGGUUCACUACCUUUAAGCAGUAAUUGAUGCCCCCCAACCCCAAUAAUGGCUUUAAGCUAACAGAAAAAUUAGGCUACUUCUAAUCUAUAUCAUGUUAAGAACUUAUUUACAUUUAACUACUUAAAUUUACUUACAUGUUAAGAACUUAUAAAUUAGGCAUGCUUGUAGGACUGAAUUUUUAUUCAAAUUUAGCUGUUAGGACUGAAUGUAACGUGUUCGAUAUAAUUCAAGGGUUGGAGGAUUUGGGCAUGUCGACAGGAUUUUCAGAUGCUUUAGAGGUUGGUUUUAAUUGUGCAAUUAACUCGGAUGUAGUAACAGAGAUUCAAAGGUAUGUGGAGUCAGCUGAGGAGACACCCUUUGCACAGCCAGUUCCACAUUUUCCGGUGGUCAGAGAAUGGAGACUUAUACCAAGUUUCUUGCAAAUGCGUGAGACACCUGGUUUUUAAACAUAUUCCAGAGUGGUUGCCUGCAUUUCCCGAUCCUCACACUUAUAUACACUCUGCCAUGUGGAAUGAAAGACUUUCCUACCCUCACACAGACACGAUUGAGCAAGCCAGGCAGCAUAGAAAGGCAUAGAGGGCUUUGUUGAGCUUGCAGCAGAGGCUUUUCUGUAAUGGGCUGUCCGUGGCAUCUACAUCUGCUGAACCAAACGAUGGUAGAAACGGUUUGGAAGUUAAUGAUAUUAAGAACCAAGUUUUUCAAUAUGAAUUAGAUGAGGAGAAGUUGGUUAUGUUUUUCAAUAGCAUGCUUGCAUUUUUUACAUUAUAUAUUCAAGUGCAUAGGAGAAUACUAUCAUGCUUCAUAUUAUGUAUUCAAAAAUUUGUAAUGAAAUUAUUAAUUUUUAUA